CGUGAUAGCAAAUAAAUGAUACAUUAUUACCAGCACGUAUAUUCCAUUACUUCCGCCUUGGUCAACGUGAUUGUGGACCACGUGACUAAACACGGACUAAACAUCGUUUCAAAAAAGCAAGUCCAACAGCUCAUGAUGUCGGAGUGGCACCUGUCAUUGAAGCUGGUGGAUCAGCCCAAAUCCACCUUCCACUUCCCUGAGACGAUGCCUGGAGACGUGUCUCCCGGCGGGUACAGAGUCUCUACUCUGAAACAGCUCGUUGCAGCACAGCUCCCGGAUUCCCUACCGGAUCCCGAACUCAUAGAGCUGGUACACUGUGGUCGCAAGUUGAAGGAUGACCUGACUUUAGACUCCUGUGGGAUCCAGCCUGGAUCCACCCUGCACAUCCUCAAAAGGACCUGGCCUGAACCAGACAUCAAUCCAGAGCCAGUGAACAGGACGACUGCAGCCAGGGAGUUCCGUGUGCUGCAGGCAGCCCUCCACUCCAACUCCACCUACAGAGACUCGGUGUUUAAGAUGCUGACUAAUAAGGAGUCUCUAGAUCAGAUCAUUGUGGCCACGCCAGGGCUGAGAUCUGACCCGGUAGCGCUAGGAGUGCUCCAAGACAAAGAUCUAUUCGUGCAAUUCACAGACCCUAACAUGCUGGAUGUGUUGAUCAGUUCUCACCCAGCCCUGGUCAAUGCCAUCAUCCUGGUCCUCCACUCAGUGGCUGGCAGCAUACCUGCUCAGUCCAGCGCCGGAUCCUCCCGCAACAUCUCCUCCAACUCCUACAGUGACAUGCCAGGAGGGUUUAUGUUUGAGGGCAUGUCUGAUGACGAUGAAGAUUUCCAAUCGGGCAAUCAGGCAGGACCAUCCAACCGAACCGGGGGCCCAGCAGGAAUGCGGCCUAUGUCCCUUGGCCAUAGUGGAGCUACAGGCCCUCGACCCAUAACACAGAGUGAGCUGGCCACUGCCCUGGCCCUGGCCAGUACUCCUGAGAGCAGUGCUGUUACUCCCACUGCAGGGGCUCAGCAGGACACCUCAUCUGGAGUGCCUCCCACGCCAGCAGGGACUCCUGUCAGCAAUGACCUUUUCAGCCAGGCACUGCAGCAGGCUCUGCAGGCCUCCAGCAUGUCCAGCAUGUCCUCUCUGCAGGGGCGUUGGCAGUCCCAGCUGCAGCAGCUGAGAGACAUGGGGAUCCAGGAUGAGGAGCUGAUGUUACGGGCGCUGCAGGCUACAGACGGGGACAUCCAGUCAGCACUGGAGCUCAUCUUCGCUGGAGGGCCAGGACUCUGAGCCAAGCCAGGGCCCUGAGAGAGGAGAGUGCAGGGGGAAACGUCUCUACACAGACCCAAGCUGAUGGCUCUGGUCAUUCUGCCAUUGGGCUGUGAUAUGGACACUUACAUGGACACAAUGUUUCAGACAUGAAGACCUCAUUACUACUCCUCUACCCUUUCAUACACAGCCUAAAUGGAACAACCUUUAAAUGAGUAGGUCAGAUUCAGGGGUAGAUAAGGUACAUGUUUAUCUUUAUUACAAGUCAAAAACAAAAAGAAGAAAUGUUUUGCCAGCCAUUUAAAGGAGGUUUGGUGCUAGCCCCUGAAGGCUUGAAACUCAUCGCUGUGUUAAUAUAUACAUAAUCAAAGAGGGCUGUGUUCUACCAGAAAUCUUCAUUUUGUUUCAGACACUAGCAUUGACUCAGAUCUGCUAUAAAAUAUGCAUUGGAAGAAAGCAGUGUUGAGAUUACCCCUUGAGUCUAAUUGUGAUUCAUACAGUUGUACACUAGGUGGCAAUGUAUAACCACUUACCAUAGUUCCUUUGCGAUUCCAUUCAAUAGAGAAAUCAGGAGUAGAAAUUUGACAAAUAUGGCUAGCUAAUGUUUGAACUGAUUCUCAAACUGGUUCAGUUGGGCUGCCAGAUCAAUAAACACAUACAUAAUGUAAUAGUUGUUUGAGAGUAAAUGUAAAUACCAGUAUUAGCCUAUUUUUGUGGUUUGAUAAAAAUAUACGCUCAUC